AUGUUGACCUCUAGCAAAAAGACAGCAUCUUCAUCAGUCGUGAACUCCUUGGCCAAAAUAUUUGACCCGAAUGCUUUGCAGAACCAGCGUCCGUCUGAUGAAGAGGAGCCCUCACCUGCUCCCCCUGUGUCUGAUAAGAAUGGCAGCUCCCCUGAAAACAUGAGUGCCCUCGAAGUGAAGGUUGCUUCCUUGGAUCAGAAAGUAAGCACGUUGCUGACAGCGCAAGACCAUGUUCUCCAGAAGUUGGAUUGUGUCUCGCAGGAAAUCUGUUGUAUGGAAAAGAACAUUGAGCUCUUGAGAGGGAAAGGAAGAGACUCUGAAGUCGGACAAUGCCCCGCAGCCUCUGAAAAAUCAAAUCGUUCUGAUAUGGAGAUCUUGUGCAUAGAAAUUAACGAGAAGCUCUACAAUAUGAACAAGAGUGCCGAGCAGCAAGCCAAAAGGAUAGAUGGGCUCGAACAAGUCCUGCUGGGGGUGUAUCAGCUUGUCGGCUCUUUGGUCGAGAAAUUAAAGACUUCAAAAAUCACCGAUCUAAUGCGCAGAAAAGAAGCUCCUCAUAAGCUCCUUAGAGUUGGCGGGUACUUGAGAAAAGAUAAAGUGGGAAAUCUUUUCAGGAUGCAGAUGUUCUCCGACAAAAAGGAUGAAUUCAGAAGCAAAUGGGGUGAAAAGGAAAAGUCAUAUCUGACUGCAAAAGGAACAAAAUCUAUAAAAAAGAAGAAGCCACCUGAUACCUCAGAGGAGUCUGAUGAGAAGACUGAAUCAUUUUCUCACACAGAAAAGGUCCAUAAACUCAACAAGGAGAAUACUGAGAAGGCAAGCACUUUUUUUGUUCAGAGAAGUUCCCCUAAAUCUCAUACUCACGAGUCAAAAGAGAAUGCAGAAGAAAGCUAUAGCAAGAGUUGGAAAAGCCCUCUUCAGAAGACAACAGGCAAAAGCCAGGCAGAAGUGAAUGCAAAGGAAACAAGUAGAAAAGAAAGUGACCAAGAUGUAAAGAAGCAUGAGGGGUCUGAAGAAACCCAAGAUGAAGUAGGAAAAGAUGUUGAAAGGACAGAUAUUAACAGGGAUGAAGAAAGGGUGGUACCAGAAACUACAUGCCAAAGAGAAGAAACAGCAGAAGAUGUGGAUGGUCUAUCAAAAAGCCAGGAUCAAAAUGUCAGGCAUAAAGACAGUGAAAAGGCCUCAUUCCCUCCGAAAGAUGAGCAGACCAGCAACAGUAAACGCCGCGUGAACGAUGAAGGUUUUGCCAAAGAUGUCAACAAAAAGAGCAGGGUAGAUGUGGUAAAUAAGCACACACUGAAAGAAGCAGCUAAACCAAGUAAGGCAGAACCUGCCCCAUCAAAAAAGCUGGAAGUAUCUGGUUCCACAGCCAACAAGAGCAAAAAGAAACAAGAAGCGUCAACGGGGGACAUUAUUAAAAUCGAUGACAGCCCACCACCUCCAGCCCCGUUUGAUCAUCGGAUUGUCUCAGCAAAAAGAACAGCGGUCAAUAACGUUUAUCAAGUCCACACGGGUGAAGUUUUGGGAGGUGGACGAUUUGGCCAGGUGCACAGAUGUGAAGAAAAAUCGACAGGUCUCAAGUUAGCAGCCAAAAUUAUUAAAGCCAGAGGGAUCAAGGAAAAGGAUGAAGUAAAGAAUGAGAUCAAUGUGAUGAAUCAGUUGAACCAUGUGAACCUCAUUCAGCUGUACGAUGCCUUUGAAUCCAAAAAUGACAUUAUCCUUGUCAUGGAAUAUGUGGAGGGAGGAGAGCUGUUUGAUCGAAUUAUUGAUGAGAACUGCAACUUGACAGAGAUGGAUACCAUCUUGUUCACAAGGCAGAUCUGUGAAGGGAUUCAGUACAUGCAUCAGAUGUAUAUUCUUCAUUUAGACUUGAAGCCUGAGAAUAUCCUGUGUGUGAAUCGAGAGGCAAAUCAAAUAAAGAUUAUCGACUUUGGGCUGGCAAGGAGGUAUAAACCAAGGGAGAAGCUUAAGGUCAACUUUGGCACCCCAGAAUUCCUUGCUCCUGAAGUUGUGAACUAUGACUUUGUCUCCUUUCCUACCGACAUGUGGAGUGUAGGUGUCAUUGCCUACAUGUUGCUUAGUGGAUUGUCUCCUUUUCUGGGUGAUGAUGAUAAUGAGACUUUGAACAACAUCCUGGCUUGUAGGUGGGAUUUUGAAGAUGAAGAAUUUAAAAAGGUGUCUGAGGAAGCCAAAGACUUCAUCACUAAGCUUCUCAUCAAGGCGAAGGGGUGGAGGUUAAGUGCAACUGGAGCUUUGAAGCAUCCUUGGCUAUCCGACCAAAAACUCCAUCAUCAACUUCAAGCUAAGAGGAAGGCUAGGGGUUCCCCUGGAUCUCAGGCACCUGCAGCUCCAUAAUCCCUCUGAGAAAUGCAAGAAAAAUCUGCUGUGUAAUCACUGCUGCUAUGACAUUUGGAAAUACAAAUCAGCAGUUCUGGUGCUUUAACUCCCCCUUCUCCCCAUGAUGAAUUGGGGCUUUCAUGAAGUGGACCAACGCCACUUUAGCUGCAGGAUUGUGUCCCAGCAGGAUUGAGCUGCUUCCUCCCUUGCUUUCUAUCACUUUUCAGUGGCUACUGGUGUCUCCAGGAAGGUGUUCCUAAUCGAAGGCUGUGUUAAUUUUUGCUUAUCAUUGCUUACUUUCAUAGAAACUGCAUUGAAAAACAAGCUGGUAGCAAAUGGGGGGAAAUAUGUGUGAAGUUUAAUUUUUAAGCCAAUUUGCUUCCUUCUUACCCUAUAAUAGAGUAUCUUACUACAGCAUGAGUGAAUGGCAGGAAAGAAUGUUUACUUUUGGGGUGGGGAUUGAAAUGUUUUUUCUAUGCCUGCUAUAACAUAGUACUCUGAUAUUUUAAUUCAACUGGGAUAGUUUAGGCAAGUUUGCAAGGGGGUAUUUUGAAUGCAGAUAAGUUUCUUCCCUGGAAUUUGCUAGCAUUGUGUUUUUGAAUCUUUUUCAUAUUCUUUAAGCAUCAGCAUU